AUGUCGGACACCCUUCGGAAGCUAGUCGUCUCCAAAACCCUAGACGGCCACACCGGCUGGAUCUGGGACGUGACUCCGUCUCGCAAUGGUGAACUCGCCUCCGUCUCCAAUGACAUGACCAUCCGUCUCUGGAACACCAAUACCGGCCUUCAACGCGGUCCAGCCAAGGAUAACGGCCACUCAAACUGGGUCCGUGCUGUGCGCUUCUCCCCUAGUGGCCGCCUUCUGGCUACUGCGUCUGACGAUAUGACCGUUCGCAUUAGGGACGCCAUUACUGGUUUCACUUACCGCACGCUGCAGGGCCAUACGGGCAAGGUGCGCGUGGUUGAAUUUUCCCCCGAUGGCACGACGCUUGCAUCUGCCUCGGAUGACUUUUCCGUGCGAUUGUGGAAUGCGGGGGGGAGGGCUCCCUUCUGUGGAUUCUCGAAGGUCACUCCGGUUGGGUACGCGCUGUGGCUUUCUCGCCCGAUGGAAAGACGCUUGCUUCGACUUCCGAUGAUAAUUCUAUUCGUCUGUGGGAUACAGCCACUGGCAAGCAAAUUCACUGACUCUUCUAUUCGGGCGGUGUGCUUCUCUCAAGAUGGAAGGCUUCUCGUGUCUGGGUCCCAGGACAAGACGCUGUGCAUUUGGGAUGUGACUUCUGGGAAUCUGCUCAAUGUUCUCAAGGGCCAUUCAGGUCCGUUGCGCCUCAUCACGUUCUCUGCCGAUGGACGCCUGAUUGCGACUGCCGCAGAUGACUUGACAAUUCGCCUCUGGGCUGUGCAGUCGGGGUCACCGCUCGAAAUUUCUUGUCUCGGCGUUGUUACUGGUUAUUCAGGUUGGGUUCGAGCCAUCAAGUUGGAAAAUGACGGUAAUAUGGUGGUCUAUACUUCUGACGACAUGACUAUCAAGAUUUGGGAAUCGGCGUGA